AUGACGAGCAGCGCCAGGUACAAGAGCAGGGCGGUGAAAUCAGCAGAGGAUGCAGAGGAAAAAGAGUAUGUCGGCUUCGCCACCCUCCCGAAUCAGGUUCACAGGAAGUCGGUCAAAAAAGGCUUUGAUUUCACACUCAUGGUGGCAGGGGAGUCUGGUCUUGGAAAGUCCACCCUGGUCAACAGCUUGUUCCUCACAGAUCUGUACAAGGACAGAAAACUACUCAACGCUGAAGAGCGCAUCAGUCAGACCGUGGAGAUCAUCAAACACACGGUUGACAUCGAGGAGAAGGGCGUUAAGCUGAAGCUGACCAUUGUAGACACACCGGGUUUUGGAGACGCUGUCAAUAAUACAGAGAGCUGGAAGGCCAUUACUGACUAUAUUGACCAGCAGUUUGAACAGUAUUUUCGGGAUGAAAGCGGCUUGAACAGGAAGAACAUCCAGGAUAACCGUGUCCACUGCUGCUUGUACUUCAUCCCUCCGUUUGGACAUGGGCUGCGGCCCGUGGACGUGGAGUUUAUGAAAGCACUGCAGGACAAGGUGAACGUGGUUCCUCUCGUUUCCAAGGCUGACUGUCUGACGCCAGCGGAGAUGAGGAAGAUGAAGGACAGGGUGAGGGAAGAGAUCGAGAAGUUCGGAAUCAAAGUGUAUCAGUUCCCAGACUGUGAUUCCGAUGAGGACGAGGAGUUCAAGCAACAGGACCGAGAGCUAAAGGAGAGCACUCCAUUUGCUGUGAUUGGGAGCAACACAAUAGUUGAGGUCAAAGGUCAGCGGGUGAGAGGCAGACUUUACCCAUGGGGCAUUGUGGAAGUGGAGAAUCAGUCCCAUUGUGAUUUCAUCAAGCUGAGGAACAUGUUGAUUCGCUCACACAUGCAUGACCUGAAAGACAUCACGUGUGACGUGCACUAUGAAAACUACAGGGCGCAGUGCAUACAGCAAAUGACAAGCAAACUGAGCCAGGAUAAUCGCGUGGAGAGCCCCAUCCCGAUUCUACCACUGUCCACCCCGGACGUAGAGACAGAAAAGCUGAUAAAGAUGAAGGAUGAAGAGUUGCGGAGGAUGCAGGAGAUGCUUCAAAAAAUGCAGCAGCAGAUGCACGAACAGGACCUGUGAAUGCAAAAAACUGCUGAUUUCAACUUGUCUGCACUUUUACACAAGCAGACACAUGACACUUUAUCAUCAUCACACUGAAGGAUAUGCAGUAGAUAAGCAAACAGAUGUAUUUGUAUGUCAAACACAACACACAGAUAUGAAUGCAUGUGUCGAGCACUGCGGUUAAAAGGGUCACCUGAUAUCUAAAACCAGGCUCCAAGUUAAAAUAUUUGG